UAAAUUUUAACCAAUCAGAGCAACUGUCGUGGUUUUUUGUCGACGAGCGGAUUUUUGUCACUUAAAUUCUUAGUAGAAUAAAUUAAAGAACAACACAAUUACUUCAAAUAUAGACUACCUAAUAAACUAAAGAUGAAUCAAUUAAAUUUACUUUAUAGCGUAAUCUUAAAUUGUCUGCUCGUGUUGAUUUUUACAAGUGAAUUUUCUUAUGCUAAUCGUGAUUUUUAUAAAAUCCUUAAUGUGAAGAAAAAUGCAAAUACAAAUGAAAUUAAAAAGGCAUACAGGAAAUUAGCUAAAGAAUUACAUCCUGAUAAGAACAAAGAUGAUCCUAAUGCAUCUGAAAAGUUUGCUGAUUUGUCAGCAGCUUAUGAAAUUCUUAGUGACGAAGAUAAACGUAAACUUUAUGAUCGAUGUGGGGAGGAAUGUGUGAAGAAAGAAGGAAUGAUGGAUGGAGGAAUGGAUCCAUUCGCAAGUUUCUUUGGAGAUUUCGGUUUUAACUUUGGUGGCCAAGAACAGAGAAAUGAGGCUCACAAGGGUGCCAAUAUAGUGAUGGAUCUCUAUGCAACUCUCGAAGAGAUGUACACAGGAAAUUUUGUCGAAAUAACGAGAAAUAAACCAGUUUUAAAACCAGCCUCUGGAACACGACAGUGUAACUGCCGUCAAGAAAUGGUUACUCGUAACUUAGGACCAGGACGAUUCCAAAUGAUGCAACAAACAGUUUGCGAUGAGUGUCCAAAUGUAAAAUUAGUAAAUGAAGAAAGGAUCCUUGAAGUUGAAAUUGAGACUGGAGUACAAGAUGGUCAUGAGACAAAAUUCAUAGCUGAGGGUGAACCACACAUGGAUGGAGAGCCAGGUGACCUUAUAAUCAAAGUAAGACAAAUGCCUCACAAAAGAUUUGAAAGACGAGGUGAUGAUUUAUAUACAAAUGUCACAAUAUCUCUUCAAGAUGCUCUCAUUGGAUUUUCGAUGGAUAUUCCCCAUCUUGAUGGACACAAAGUGUCGAUUGUUCGUGAAAAAGUAACAUGGCCAGGAGCUCGUAUUCGUAAGAUAGGAGAGGGAAUGCCCAAUUUUGAUAACAACAAUCUUCAUGGGACACUUUAUGUAACGUUUGAUGUUGAAUUCCCAAAGAAAGACUUCUCUGAUGAACAGAAAGAGAAAAUCAAAGAAAUUCUCGCACAAUCUUCGAUAAACAAAGUGUACAAUGGAUUAAAUUCCAACGCAUAAGGCUCGUCAAUAAGUUAUAACUUAAUUUAAAUAAAGGAUUUAAUUAAAAUGUGAAUAAAAAAAUUUAACGGUUUCUAUAAAUUUAAAAAUGGG